GCCCGGCCGAGUCCUGCGCCGCCAGCCGCCACCGCCUCUCGUCCGAACAUCCGACUCCGACCGCUGAUGCCGCCGCCACCCGCGCGCCGAGUAGACGCUACACGCCACCGACUGCGCUCGUACCCUGUUCACCCCCACGACCGACUAUACCCGCCACUCCGACCGACUUGCCCGCUGCCUGGGUCCGUGCCUCGUGUCCUCGCCGCCGCCAAGCAACGCCGGGAGCACCGACGCCGCCACCGCUGCGCCACCACACGGCAAUGAUCGCGCCGUCUGGAACUAUGCGCCAGAUGUGUAAAUCGUAAUGCGAAGAUGGUGUGUUCCGAAUGUCCAAUGGUCCCAGUUGGUAUUGUGCGUGACUGUGCUGUUUCUGCUGGGCGGCCUGCACAUUUACAGAGGCCCCAACGGCGGGGCGCUGCAGACUUUGGACGAAGUGGUCGACGACGAGGAUAUGUCUGGUUCCACCCGAACGACUCAGGACGAUCGAGCGUACCGGAGACUCAGGUUUCCGAAGACCAGCAGACGAUUGCCUCAGGCAAUCAUUAUCGGUGUGCGGAAAGGCGGCACGCGGGCGUUGUUGGAGAUGUUGUUCUUGCACAAGUCUGUGCAAAAGGCCAACGGCGAGGUGCACUUUUUCGACCGGGACGAAAACUACGAACGCGGCCUGGACUGGUACAGGAAGCGGAUGCCGUACUCAUUCCCCAACCAAAUCACCAUCGAAAAGAGUCCCAGUUACUUCGUGACACCAGAGGUACCGGAACGUAUCAAGGCGAUGAAUUCGAGCAUUAAGCUGCUACUCAUCCUCAGGGAUCCUGUGAUCAGGGCCAUAUCUGAUUACACACAAUUGCACAGCAAUCCCUUGGCGAACCGUAGCAGUCGGUCAUUCGAGCAGUUGGUGGUGAAAUCAGAUGGCACGGUCAACACUAACUAUCGACCAGUGGCCGUGUCUACUUACCAUAAUCACGUUUACCGGUGGCUAGACGUGUUUCCUAGAGACCAGUUGUUUGUGGUCAACGGCGACCGGCUCAUCACCAACCCCGUGUCCGAGCUGAACCGUAUCGAAACGUUCCUGGGCCUCGAGCACAGAAUCGGCGCCGACAACUUCUACUUCAACCGGACCAAGGGUUUCUAUUGUUUGCGAUACGGGCCUGUAGACAAGUGCCUCAAGGAAACCAAAGGUCGGAAACACCCGGAAAUUCAGCCAGCCGUCGUGUCCAAACUCCGGGAACACUUUAGCCAACACAAUCAGAAGCUAUAUGAUGUAUUAGGACAAGACUUUGGGUGGCCAGAGAAGUAACAAAUAGUUUUAGUGGUGUUUUGAAGAAAGGGACGAAUGCGUAUGUCACAGUAACAUCGUUUUUUUCUUAAUGUUUUCUUUCUUUUGGAGUUUUGUAUACAGGGAUACUAUAUAUUAUAUAUUUAUAACAUUUUAAAUAUUACUAUAACGUCACAACAUGAUGACAUGUACUGACCGCGGCUUUAUCGCGUGCCGAGCGCUUCGCUUCAGGUACUAGACUUAAAGUGUUUGCUCGAUUUGUUCUGUUUUUCACAUGAAAUGAAACGUUUCAACACUGCCAUGCUCAUACUACCUGCAUAUACUGAGAGCAAGAAAUAGCGAACGAAAGGAAGGGUAGGAAGUACGCCGAGCAAGCUUAAAUAAUUUUCCUUCAAAACUGUACCAUAUAUUUACAAGACAGGAUGAAUCUUAAUAUUUCAGCAAAAAAAUUUUGAUAUCACGAUGAUAAUAUUAUUAUUGUAGCGAUUAAGGUGACCGAUGAAUCAGUUGGUUUCGGAAAUGCUCGUAAGUAAACCACAACACUUAAUCUGAAGUAGGUUCCUCAUAUAACCAACGAUAACACGGAAAUUAAAAUUAAAUUAAUCGCGUUGGUUUAUAUUUUUUUUCUAAACUUUUUCCGUUUACAAUACAAUUAUAAUACUAAUAAAAUAUUAAGUUAAUCAUAAUAUGGUACUUAAGUGACUGAUAAUUUUAAGCGCAUGUGGUUUUUACUUUUUGUGCGCAAUUCUGUUUAUUCUACCAUAACGCACGAAUACAAAUUACAGAAAUAAUAUUUACAAUUAAAAUAUAAUGUUUAUUAUGCAUUCAAUUUUUCUUCCCAUCGAGCAAUGUCGUAUCACUUAAAUAAAUUCAAACAAUAUGCUUGGUGCUCGAUCGACUGACAUAUCUUUUCAACAUUGCGGUCUAAAAUAUUUCCUCGUCAUCUUUCGUUUAAAUCUGCUAUGAAUCUUCGUUUUUCUACUACCAACAUGAGUCGCGGAUGUGAUUUAUCCGAAGUCAGUAAUGAACAUGAAACAUAUCAAACUAGAUUUAUUUUAUAUACCCUCAGUGGUCUCUGUAGCAUAACACAAAAUCAACCGACAUAUCAAAUUAUAUUGUGAACACUAAAUCAAAACAUAGUAAUCUCUCGUACACCUACGUGCAAGAUAAGUUUGCUAUCUUUUUUUUUUUUUUUUUGUUUCUUUUUAAGAAUAAUUUUCAUUCUAAAUAUUAUAAAAUCUUUUAACACUAACAUUUUUUAUAUAAUUAUUAUUUUAUAUUUCAUGAUCGAUUUACGAUUAACCAUCGACUAAAUUCUCUGCUAUUCUACUUUUCCCACAAACGCAAUUACAACUAUAAGCCAUCAAUUUAACAUAUUAUAUUAUGUUUUUUCAUUAUACCCGUUUAUUCGGACUAUGUUUAAAUUUUAUAAAUUAUUAUUGUCAUAAAAGCACAACUACUAGAAACGAUCUACAGAUUAAUCCAUCGUACAUUUCAGACGUGCAAUAUUUAUAGAUUGUUAAUUAUAAUUAUAUAGUAUCGUUAAUUGACUGUCAAAGCUGUUACAUGGUCAAAAAAAAUUAUCAUUCCCAGUCACGAUAUAACCAUGGAAAAACUCGUUUAUUGAGUUGAUUGCAGUCAGCGUGAAAAAAAAAAAAAUCACUUUGCGUACCUUAAUGCGUUUUAAAUAGUACAAAUGUAUAGAAAACAAAUAUGUAU